CCGUUUUCCAGACCUAAGUAUCCUAAAACAAUCAUCAAUUGUUAAUCAAAUUUAUUAGACCACAUCGAGGAUCACUUCAAUAUUAUAAACCCCUUAGUUUUCACUUCUACACUUGGGUUGAGGUUUUUUUUUUUUUUUUGCAAAGUACAUAUGUAUAGCCAAAACAUUCAUAUUCGUAACAAUAAUAGUUACUUUUCAAAAAAUACAUACAAUAGUCAUUUCCGUUUCAUUCUUUGACGGUGUCAGUUAACAUGUUGUCUGGACUAUUGCUACAAGUCACAUCAUUUGCAUAGCACCUCUGGAACAAUGUUACAUUAUAUUGUUCCAUCAUCUUUUUUUUAAUAGGAACAUUAUAUUGUUCCAUUAUCAUUAAAAGUAAAUGAAAUUAUUGUCAUCCCAUUUUCAAUUAUAUUCAAUCGUUUAGAAAGAGUUGCACUGUUUUCAUGACCGAAAAUUGUGCAAUAUGUAAAAUCUAAUUUUGAAUCAUCAUCAUAUCAAUUAAAGUUGCAAAAUUACAAACGGACUUACAAGCUACUAAUAAUGAGAAUACUUCUAAAACAAGGGGCACAACCUGUUUAACUAAAUCCAUUUGAAAAUGAAAAAAAUAAAAGAACAAAAAAGGCAAAUCCACAUACUAAAUCAUAUGUUAAACAAAAGCAAAACAGAUUUCACAACGAAAUAACAUGCAAACAAAUCACACUUCAAUGUUCACCUUCAAUCCUUGUUUCCCCUACAAUCCCUCUCAUCCAUACCUCUUUUCACAUUCAAUGUUCUCUUCUCCUCCUCCUCCCCCCAUCAAAUAAUCACAAAGAGAAAGAAACAAUUUUGAGAAGGAAAAAGGAAAGUAAGACACAAGAAGAAGCCUUUCCUUUUUCUUUCUCCCUCCCCCCACCAAGAAACCUCACCAUGGCAACUAGUAAUUCCCCCUUCCUCUCCGUCAUCAUCUUCCUCUCCAUCCCUCUCCUCUCCCAUUCCCAACCACAACUCUCCCUCGACUACUACAAAACCACGUGCCCCGAUUUCGCCAAUAUCGUAACCGAGACGGUCACCACGAAACAGAUCGCCACCCCAACGACGGCGGCGGCCACCCUCCGCAUCUUCUUCCACGAUUGCAUGGUCGAUGGAUGCGACGCCUCGGUGCUCAUCGCCCCCAACAAGUUCAACAAGGUGGAGCGUGACAAUGAGCUCGACCAUACCCUGCCGGGUGACGGAUUCGACGUCGUCACCCGGACCAAGACGGCUCUGGAGCUGGCAUGCCCCGAGACCGUCUCGUGUGCCGACAUCCUGGCCCAGGUCGCGCGCGACCUGGUCGUGAUGGUUGGAGGGCCCAACUACCCCGUUUUGUUGGGCCGUAAGGACAGCCUGGCCUCGCAGCUCAACGACGUGGAGCCCAACCUCCCCCAGCCCAACAUGACUAUGGACCACAUCAUCAACCUCUUCGAGUCCAAGGGGUUCACGGUUCACGAGAUGGUGGCCGUGGUUGGGGCCCACACCCUCGGGUUCGCCCAUUGCUCGGAGUUCGCCGACCGGCUCUACCACUACGACAAGAGCACCCCCACGGACCCGGACAUGAACCCGAAAUACGCGGAGGCGCUCAGAAAGUUGUGCUCCAAUUACACCAAGGACCCAACCAUGUCGGCGUUCUUGGAUUUGUACACUCCGGGGAAGUUCGACAACAUGUAUUACCAGAACUUGCUCAAGGGGUUGGGACUCCUGUCCACGGAUCAAAUGAUGGCCGAGGAUCCCAGGACGAGGCUGUUUGUGGAGCGGUACGCCGCGAACCAGACCGCCUUCUUCGAGGAUUUCGCCGAGGGAAUGCAGAAACUGGGGACGAUCGAUGUUAAGACUGGGGAUGAGGGAAACGUCAGGAGGAGGUGUGACGUGUUUAACACGGUCAGGACUUAAUUGCCCUAAACAGGGAUUCCAGAUUGGAGCACAAGUUGUGUGCUUUGAUUGAGCAAGCAAGGACCUUACACUUUUAGAAAAACUUGGGAACAGUGAACUGAUGUAAAGUUUCAUUUGAUGUUAUCUGUAAGUACUUUGGUUAAAAUGUAUUCUGUAACAUCGUUACAUGCAAAAACUAGUUUCACUGUUACGACUUACGAUCCAAAAAGGAAACGGCAGACAAACAUUUCAUUAAUUUGUAAUCACAAUGGCAUUGGCAUAGGUAGAGAGAAAAACACAUGCUAGAAGUUAUCAUUUUUCAGGCACCAGCAGAAAAUCACAAGCCAUUUCCCAGAUGAGCUGCUGGUGCCUGGCUGGCUACUGUGCAAGGCCUGGCUGAACAUAGAGACGCUGAGAAUCAUUUGAAACAUAUGAUGGUGAAGGUCUCACGAUCACAGUGCUACUUCCAGGUUUCACAUAAACAGAUUCAGAAAGAUUUGAUGACAUACCCCUGAGUGAACUUCCGUUCUGACCUGUCGUCGAGUUGAAGCUAAUCAGUGGCUCCUUGAGGGGAGCAAAACAGAAAGAAUCAAUCCAUGGAAGAGACUAAUAGUAGAUGAGAUUGGUAUGACCCUGCAGGGACUCGAGGUAUAAGUUGGAGAGCUGCAGUUGAAUUCUUCUCUUCUUCAGUCUCUCCUUCUUGUGAGCAUUCUGGUGACCCCCUAAUGCUCGAGAGUUUUUGAACUCCUUGAAGCAAAACUGGCAUUCGAGCUUCUUUCUUCAGUCUCUUCCUUCUUCUGCGUCUUUUAGAAUAGUAGGUAAGACUUCAUAGCUUGCAGAUUCCCCACUCUCAGCUCCUUCAUUAGAGCCCUUGAGCUGUUUCUCAUCCUUAAUUUGAGGAUUCACCUCAAAGCCAAAUAGCUUCAACAGCUUCACCUCCAUAAGCAAUCUUAAACUACAAGCAACUAACUAGAUCCCAAAAAAAAAACAAAGAUGGUAGCAUCACUACACUGUGUUUAGUCUUUACAAUACAAUCCAACUGAUGUUCUGUUAUAUCUCCACUGACAAAAUCAUUCUAUGCCAUAAAUAGAUAACAGACUUGGAUCACAUGACGCAAAUCACGGCUGUAAAAAACAAAACUUGGUGCUUGAACAGCAUAAAGUCAUGGAAGAAGACACCCAAAAGGCAAAGAGAGAAUACAAAACGAUUAUUCAGGAAUUGGCUGUUAGGAAACUUGUAUAUAAUACUAAGGAUCAUAUCACUGCACUAAGUAUGCAUUAAUCUUUCCACAUCAAGGAGACUCAGUUUCAAUCUUCUACUUGAAACAGGACAAAAAAUCGAAGUCCACAAAACCCUCCAAGCCAUUACUGUUUCGAAUGUUUCCGGACAACCUGAGCAAAUUGAUGAGCAUACACACAGCUCAAGGAGAUAUGUCCUAUACAAAUUUGAGGUGAUCCUGGAAGUCAAAUUGGUGCGGACAUUCUAGCUGGGAUGCCACUAAGCUGAAAACAAUUUUCACUAAACAGUGCCACCAUCAGCUACUAUGGCCAUUUUCCAGUAUCAAAUGCUUGUUUCAUGAUACCUUUUUGUAACAGUUCCUAAAGCUUCAUGUGCUGAAGAUACCUAUUAGUUGCUCAACUAAGAAAUAACAAAGUGGAAGGUGAUGAUAACAUAUCUGCUAUCAAAAGGGACAUCAACAAGAUCUGUGUGUAUCCCUAUACACAUUUUUUUGCACAAAGCUAAUAUUGUAUUCCCAUGAGCAUAUAUCUAUUAGCAUAGCACAAUCAACCUUAGUGGUUUUGUAGGGCUCUUGGAUGAUGAUAUCAUACAAUAUUCGCUACAUUAUAUAAAUGGAAUGUGAGUUAUCUAAUUCCCUUUUAUACCCAUCUUUACAGUCUUACCUCAAACAUCAAAUAGUCCUUGGUUUUCCUGUACUAAACAAUGUUUCCUUUCUGAAAGUCUAUGUGAACAAUGUUAUGUUGGAUCCAAGCAAUGAAGAAUAUAGAAUCAGCAAGAUC